GAAGAGAGAGAGGCGUGUGGGGUUUUUCUGGUGCUUAUCCUUUUAGAGUGUGACUUGGACCCAUUACCAUAACAGUACAGCUCUCCUUAGAUCUAUCUCAUCUCGAGAUAGACCACUACUUACUUACUAGAACAUUAGUGAUAUUAGUGUUUAAGAAAGAACUCUGAGGUUUUGUGGGUCUCUCUCUGCUUAAAGAUCUGUGCGUUUGGGGAUUCGUUAUUGUCUGAAUUUUGAGAAAAAUGGGGAGCGCAGUGGAGGAGAAAGUGGUGGCUGUGAUCAUGGUCGGUGGUCCAACCAAAGGUACUCGAUUUCGACCAUUGUCCCUGAAUAUUCCAAAGCCUCUGUUUCCUAUUGCUGGACAACCAAUGGUGCAUCACCCUAUCUCAGCUUGUAAAAGGAUUCCACACUUGGCUCAAAUCUAUCUUGUUGGUUUCUAUGAGGAAAGGGAGUUUGCACUUUAUGUCUCUGCCAUUUCCAAUGAACUCAAAGUUCCUGUCAGAUAUCUGCGAGAAGACAAGCCACAUGGUUCAGCUGGUGGGUUGUAUCAGUUCAGAAAUCUAAUCAUGGAAGAUGACCCGUCUCAUAUCUUCCUGCUUAACUGUGAUGUUUGCUGCAGCUUCCCCUUGCCAGAAAUGCUCGAGGCUCAUAGGAAAUAUGGUGGAAUUGGAACUCUUCUUGUGAUCAAGGUCUCUCCUGAAUCAGCAAACCAAUUUGGAGAACUGGUUGCAGAUCCUGUUACUAAUGAACUGCUUCAUUACACCGAGAAACCCGAAACUUUUGUCAGUGACCGUAUUAACUGCGGUGUUUAUGUAUUUACACCUGACAUUUUCACUGCCAUAAGAGAUGUUUCCUUUCAAAGGAAAGAUACAGCAAUUCUGAGACGUGUUUCCAGCUUUGAAGCUCUUCAACCGGCAACAAGGAUCCCAGCAGAUUUUGUAAGACUGGAUCAAGACAUACUUUCACCUCUAGCUGGGAAGAAGCAGUUAUAUACUUACGAGACUUUGGAUUUCUGGGAACAAAUCAAAUCUCCUGGGAUGUCGCUGAGGUGCUCGGGACUCUAUCUUUCUCAGUUCCGGUUGACAUCUCCGCAAGUGUUGGCUAGUGGUGAUGGAACAAAGAGCGCAAUAGUGAUUGGUGAUGUUUACAUACAUCCUUCUGCAAAAAUACACCCAACUGCAAAGAUUGGUCCCAACGUAUCAAUCUCUGCAAAUGCUCGUGUUGGGCCUGGUGUCAGGCUCAUCAGCUGUAUCAUCCUUGACAACGUUGAGAUCAUGGAAAAUGCAGUGGUGACUAACGCAAUUGUUGGGUGGAAAUCUUCUAUAGGGAGAUGGUCCCGUGUCCAGGCUGAGGGAGUCUACAACUCCAAACUAGGAGUUACUAUUCUCGGAGACUCGGUUGCAGUUGAAGACGAGGUUGUGGUGACCAGCAGUAUUGUUCUUCCAAACAAGACACUCAACGUCAGUGUUCAAGACGAGAUCAUCUUAUAACUCAAGAAAGGAAACCAACCUUGAGGAUCCAUAUACCAUCAUGUCCCUGAGAUUCAGUGUUCACUGGAGAAAUCACAAAAGCAAGUAUUUGAGAAUUAUUUCACAUGAAUCUUUUGUUUAAAUUUGUACCAGAUUCCACCAUAUAUACUGAGUCACAGCUACUGUAAAUGCACUGGAUUUUGGCCCAUGAUAUAUGAUAAUAAAGCACUUGUGUCUUUUCCCAUGAA